CUUGCCACCAGUUAGAAAAAAUGGUUUUGAGAAAAACGCGUUUAAAGUUUUGGUAGCUGUAGCUCGCGCCCGUGCACUGUUUAAUUCUACGCGCGGUAACUUUGUUAGUUUUUCAAAUAUCUGUCUAAAACUUUUACAUGAUAUUUCUAAGAUAUUGUACUUAAAAAAAAACAAACAAAAAAAUAAUAUAAAAUGAGAAAUUUCAAAUCCAGAUGUGCACGUCGAACCGGAAGAUUUCGCUGCAAAUUUACAUUGGUCAAAGAAAAUGGAGUAUACGUUAAAGGAAAACAAAAUCGACAUUCUUGCAACAGUUUCAAUACAUGUGCCGAAAAGAAUAAUACAGCAAGAAAAAUUAUGAUUGAAAGAUGCAAAGAUCUACCACUCGAAUUAAAAAGCAUUUUCGAUAGCGUUAGAAGAGAGCUUGAAAAUGAUCAGAAGCCUACAAAUUUAAAUUAUAAAAAAGAAAAACAAGUAAUGCUUCGCGUGAGAAGGAAAAUGGGCUACAAACAACCGACAUCUCUACUCAACGUUGCGGAAAUAAUAUUUUCAUCUUUCUUACCAUCAGUUACAUUAUUGAAAGCAGUUAUUAUAAAGAACGAUAAAACAGCUCUAAUUUUUUCUAGUGCAAAUUUAAUAGAAAAAUUGAAUGAAGUUGACGAAAUCUUUUUAGAUGGAACCUUUAAAGCUGUUGGAGCUGUUUUUAUUUUGAUGACACGCAGAUCAAGUGAUUUGUAUACAGCAGUGUUUGAAAAAUUAAAUGAGUUUUGCCCAAUGUUGACAGAAAAAUUACGAAUGGUAAUGGGAGACUGCGAAGCAGCUGUCAUGAAGAGCAUAAGGGAAACUUAUUCAAAUUGCCGUAUACAGAAUCUGUUGGUUUCAUUCAAAGAAG